GAAAGCUAGCUUCGUAGUCAAGAGGCCGCGCCUACCAUCGUGUGAUAUUUUGGGAAGCGUGUCCUUCAUGUCUAUAUUUAGCCCAUGAUUCAUGGUGUAUAAAACACGUGAAUGCGGUGUAGUCAUUAUAGGUGGAUGUGCUGCCAGCAGGUUUUCCACUCGCCAGUUUGCGCACCAGAUACUCAGCUAUAUGACCGACACGACAGUGACCGUUUGCAUUCGUUCAAAGCUUGUAGCAGACGUGCGAUAUCAGAACGAACAGGAACAAGACACAACCACUGAUGAGACUAGAGCCACAAUUAAUAUUGCUGUGUGUGAUUCACAUCUUCAACAGGAGGAAUUGCCAGACCUCCAAUCAGCAACAAGAGUUGUACUCCAAGGAGAUGAUAGAUCAUACAAUAACGCAUUGAUUGAGUGUGUUUUGCCAUCUGUAUUGAGAUGCAACCAUCUGGUUGAAUUGCAAAUAUGUCAGUGCAAGGUAUCUCGAUCUUGUAGAACAUUAGAGUUCCCAGAAUUGUGGCAGCUCAAGAAAUUGACUGUUACACACUGUGGUUUGUCUUUCCUUCAUCCUUCCAUUGGAGCCCUGGCUCGACUAGAAGAACUCAAUUUGGCUCAUAAUUCAUUAUCUUUCCUGCCAAAUGCACUGCAGUACUGCUCCAAGUUGAGGUCCUUGGAUCUACGUAACAAUUCUUUCACUGCUCUACCGGGCGUUAUCCUCAAGCUAUCUAAUCUGGAAACAUUAAAGAGAUCUGACAACGGACUUAUGAGUGGUAUCAACCAAUACCAAAGUGGAAAUAAAUUCCAACCAUUAAGCACAGAAGUUAGAACAGUUCAAGGCAGCUAUAACCCAGACAGCCUACAAUUUUUCUGCACCAAGCAACUCUUGAGCGUAGGUAUCCAUCCUUGUAGAUAUGCUGGUAUUGCAUAUCGUCUUCGCGGUGUAAUGGCAGACAAGCAAGCUCAUAUGCACAUUUGUGACCAAUGUAACACAGCAGGGAAAGAUACCGAUUCUGGUAUUUGGGUAACAAAUGUAGUGAAUCGUUUUGUUGGGAAUACAUACAUUCCUUUCAGGCAUGUUGCCUGCUCACAGCAGUGUGCUGACAAAAUAUACAACAAGAUUGAAGAGCUGUCUAAGAAGUCUGAAAGAGAAAUGGAUGAGCUAUCAAUAAUAAACGAUUGUGUACAUAUGGAUGAUCUGACAAGUCACGAAACCAAAACGAGAAAAAACCGUUGUCGACGGCGACUGAGAAUCUGCACAAUUAUGUAACCCAGAC